AUGGCCGAUAUCAUCCUAGCCCUCGCUGAAGGAAUGGUGGCAGAGGAAGAGGAAAUGCUGAACGUUCUCUUGGAUCUCAACAACGCUCCAGAGCAGAUUCUUGCCCGCUUUCUUGCGCGCCCUCGUCCAAUCUUCAACCCUCCCCAACGCAACUACGAGUGCAGGAUUCUUUUUCGCUUUGAAUACGACCACAUCCUGCUCAUCAUGGACGCUCUCCAUUUUCCUCCUUUUGUUGCGCAGAAGAAGAAGAUGCCUGGUUUGGAAGCACUGUGUGUCGUCCUCAAUCGGCUGGCCUAUCCCAAGCGGUACAUCGAUCAGAGGGAAAUGUUUGCCAUCAACUUUAUGUUCGAUACCUGGGCCCACAUCAUGGUCUUCGACCACGUUCGACUGAUGAGACGGAAGCUGGAGUUUAUGGCUGAUCAUGCACUCGACAAUCUAUGGACUGGCGCGGCACAGGAUCUGUUGAAGAGUUUGGGCGAGAAGGGCACGUUCAUUCGAAACCGCAUGUCUAAGUUUUCGUCCAAUGAACGCAUGGAAAUCUGGCGAGAUGCCAUUCAAGACCGCCAGUACAGGCGAGAUCUCCGUACCUUCACUCAUCGACAGAUGAAAUCCCAGGUAGCUGAUAUGACGAGCGAGUCCGAAGCGCAGUCGACUCUGGAGCGUGAUCUUGAUAAAGCAAAGACAUUACCGAUCUAUCUCAGCUGGAAGGCUUUGACGUCGGUAAAGCGUUCAAGUACUGGUAACUAUGUCUGGCACACCGCCACCGCCCUUCCUGGCAUAAAUGACCAUUCCCAUCGAUCUAUUUGCAACUCGAUCAAUGGCCUGAAGAUUCGACUUUCUCCUAGUGAAGUCCUCCUGUGUAUCGAACUUGGACGGGAACUUUCAGACGCGGGCAAGAUUCGAUCCCGAGCGGUAGAAGACGACGACGAAGAGCGCAUCGUUCCUCUGUUCCAGACUCUCGCGAACAAAUUAUCGGUUGAAGCGAUGUCAUGGGCGUUCAAGAAUGAGGAUGGCUUUGCUCGUGAUGUCCUAGAUGCCAUUUUCACGCAGCUGUUUCCAGAAGGACGAGCGCCGUACGAAGUGAUCUGGGCUAAUUGCCCGUCCGAAGCGAGCAAGCUGCGUCGAGGGGAGUCCCUGAAGGCGGACGGCACGGUCAUGAAGGAAGGCUUUAAUGCUGCAUACCCGGAGGCCAAAGGCCCGAAAUAUAACAAGUGCCAGUCCAAGUACUUGGAAGACUUUUGGGAUCCAUCGUCUUUUGGCGAGGAUUGCAUUGAAUCCGACCUCCGCGCUCGACGAUCUAUCAGAGUAGUACCCGUUGUUCAAGUGUUUGGUCGCAAGGUGGCACUGUACAUCAGGAAAUUUUUGUCAGAAUUGUAUAUCCUGCGCCAGGUCUCUAUUUGCUACCUUCCACGAGACCUUCAAGAUAUGAGAGGAAUGAUCCAGUGUAUCGAGGCUUUCAGAGCAUUAAAGCGUAUUCUGGAUGCCUUGGAUUUACACCGGUACGUCAGGACACCGCCACGCCUCAAGGAGGAGGAUUUGCUGCCGUAUGAUCAAUUUCUCCGACCCACAAACGUGUCACCCACCAGCCGACCCUUCUUUCCGAAGACGGCGUGA